AUGGAAAUUUCAAUUAAUGACACUAAGUCGGAUCCGUUUCUUGAACAUUUCGAAACGUUACUUGAUGAAUCGUAUGUAGAAAAUAAUUUGCAGAAGAAAAACAAAUCGAAAUUGAUUAAAGAACAUACGUAUCUUGAUCUCGGUCAAUUUGAAUAUUUGACAAGUUAUCAAAAAACCGAACAAGAUUUUUCAUCGUCAAGCAUUUAUCAUAUUGAAUCUUAUUCUAUCAAAAAAUCGUUAUUAAAAAAUAUUUAUAAUUCUGGACGAACAUUAACUAAUUUACAAUUAGAAUAUUUUAAUUUAAUUCAACAAUACAAUGAUGUUUAUUAUCCAAAUCGUACUAUUGAUAAUGGUGAACAAUUUCGUUUUAUAACAUGUUUACAUUUGUUAAAUCAUAUAAAAAAAUCGAGACAACGUAUAUUACAACAUAAUCAACGUUUAAAAGAUAAUCCAGAAUUAGAAUACCAAGAUCAAGGUUAUUCCAGAACAAAAAUACUUAUUAUUGUACCAUUUCGUGAAAGUGUAAGACGUAUUGUACAAUGUUUUGAAGAUAUAUUAAUUGGUGAAGACGAUGAUGAAAAAAAUAAAAUACAGUUAACACAUCGUAAACGUUUUAAAAAUGAUUAUGGUACUGGUGAUGAACAAACAACAACAAGAACAAAACCAAAGUUUCAACGUUCAUCCGAUGAAUAUGACGAAAUAUUUUCGGGAAAUACUGAUGAUCAUUUUCGUUUAGGUCUAUGUGUGACACGUAAAUCGUUGAAAUUUUAUACGAAAGCGUAUCAAUCUGAUAUUUUAAUUGUGUCACCCGUUGGUUUACGAACAAUGUUAGAAAAACGACGUGGAAAAAAACGUAAACGAGAUGAUGAAAAUGAAGACGAGACAGAAGAUGAUAUCGAUAAUGCUACCGCUUUUCUUUCAUCGAUUGAGUGUGUGUUUUGUGAUCAAUUAGAUGUGUUAUAUAUGCAAAAUUUUGAUCAUCUAUUAUAUAUAUUUGAAAAUUUAAAUAUACAACCCAAAAAGCCGACUUCUAUCGACUUUUCACGAAUCCGUGCAUGGACAUUGAAUAAUUGGUCAAAAUAUUAUCGUCAAAUAAUUGUUUUAUCAUCAUUUACAUCACCAUUUUUUCUGAAUUUAUUUCAUCGUUUCUCAACGAAUUACCAAGGUCAAUGUAUAUUCAAACCAAAAUUUCCUUUAAAUGGUUAUAUUUGUCAACAAACACUCACAAAUGCACCACAAUUAUUUCAACGAAUACAAUUAAACACAAUGAUAACGGAUAAAACGAUACCCGAACAACGUUGGCAAUAUUUUAUUGAUACGGUAUUACCACGCUAUGAUACGAUGAUGUACGAUCAUACUCUCAUCUAUUUGUCGUCUUAUUUUGAUUUUGUCCGUUUAAGAAACUAUAUGAAAGAUGAAAAACAUCGACAAUUUAAUUUUGCAACAUUAUCAGAAUAUUCAACGAAAAAAGAAAUUUUAUUAAAUCGAAACAUGUUUUUUCAUCGUCAAAUAAGAUUUUUAUUGAUUACUGAACGUUUUCAUUUUUAUUAUCGUUAUCGGAUUAGAGGUUGCAAACAUAUACUUUUUUAUGAAUUACCAUCCUAUGGCCAGUUUUACAAUGAAAUUGCACAUUUUCUAACAUUAUCAACAACAUCAAAAAAUAAAAUUGAUUAUGCUGCAACAACAACGCCAACAUGCACCACUCUAUAUACGAAACAGGAUGCGUUAAAAUUAGCCUACGUACUGGGACAAAAAAGGACAACAGAAUUGCUAAAUUCAGACAAAAAUGUCCACAUGUUUUCUAAUAAAGUUUCCUAA